AUGGCUCCCACAAGUACCGUCACUCUCGACUACACCCUGCGUGACCUCUACUCGGAAAACAAUGAAAGCGACCCGAAUCUAGUGCUCAUCUAUUACCCGCUGGAUUUCAAGUAUAAUCCCAGUGGCUCAUUAACCAAGUUUGUCUAUGGAUAUAAAUUGAAGGAGGGCACUGAAGAAGGCGCAUCCGCCAUUGAACGGAGCCUGUAUCCCCAGCGGACGGCCUUUACGGCCGGCCAGAUGCCAAUGGUGGUUUUGGAUUUUGCGCCAAGCGACAAACAGCAACAGCAAGAGACAAAUGAUAAAAUAUGCCAGGCUACAAAUGGUCAGCGGCCGCACCAUGUCGACUUCCACCGGACAUAUUCGCAGUUACCACGCGAGCAACAGCCGAAUUUAACCUUUGCAAACAACUUGAAAGGCAUAACUCUGGAUGCCGGGGCGCAGAUUUCAGUCCAACUACCAACGGACUGUCUUUCGGAUCUGCCUCAUCUCAUUAACCCCGAGACCCAUUAUGAGAUCUUGUCGAAGCGUGGGCUUGCUCUGUCGGCCUUGCCAACAGCCCGAUCCGAGGUGGUCGACGCCUGCCUGACCAACUCAGACGACCCGGUUCUUUUGGCAGAGGAGGUAUCACGAAUGAUGCACUCGAUUGAAAAGCACCAACUGCCCUUUAUGAUUAAGCUUCCACAGUCGGUUAGUGGCCGUGGUGCCUUUGCCGUCGCCACGGAAGCCGAAAGGAACGAAGUCAAGACUGUACUCACGGCAGGACUAGGCAAAAUGCUGAAUGAGCUUAACGAAUCUAAUCACCACCUAUAUCCGUGCUCUAUAGUCCUCCAGGACCUCAUCCCUGGGCCAACUGUGGCGCUGGCGUUUUUCGUUUCAAGGAGCGGACACGCUCGUUUCACCGCUUGUACCGGGCAGCUGUUUGAUGAGCAGCAGCACUGGAUUGGCGGGACUAUCGCGUACAAGCAGCAGGACCAGCUCAGGGCGACCUUUUCUCCAAUUAUGAAGAAGGCGGCAGCGUUUCUGCAUGGCAAGGGGUACUAUGGCCCUGCUGGCGUGGAUAUUAUUACCGACGAGGGUUCUGGGGAGCAUCUGAUUAUCGACCUCAACGUUCGUGUGCCCGGUACAUUCCACUUGGGGCCUCUCAGAGGGCAUUUCACCAAGCGGGGACUCUAUGAGGCUGCUGGGACUAAGUUACAGUUGAGGUGCUCGCGAGAUGUCUUUGAGGGGAGGUUUGCGGAUGAGAUGCGCAAAGGCAGUCUGAUCGUGAAUGGAUGGUUCCAUGACGAGCAAAGUGGCUUGAGCCAUGCUGCGAUCACCAUCGGGGCCAGGGACUCCGAAGAGCUGAAUGGAUAUCUUGAGCGUGUUAGGGCUGUUGGGACACAGCCGGAUGGGAGCGAUGCUUUCCACGGCCCACGUGUACCAGGCCUGAAAGCCAAGUGGUGA